AUGCAUCGAAUAUGUUUACUACGAGGACCGCAGAGAAGAGGACCUGAUCAUGCUAUAAAAAUGUUCUAUUAUGACCUUAAAUCAAAUGAAUGUUUAGAAUUUCGUUAUAGUGGUCGCCCAGGCAAUGCAAAUAGAUUUACAAGUCUAAGUGAUUGUAAAAAAGCUUAUUGUAGAUCAAGACCGGACAAAGGACCUUGCAAUCGGAGUAUAACAGCUUGGGCAUACAAUCCACGAUCAAAGUCAUGUGACAAGUUCUAUUAUGGAGGAUGUGGUGGCAAUCAAAACCGAUACAAAUCUAAGUCCAUUUGUGAACAGAUUUGUAAGCGUUAA